UUCACAUCCGCGUUCACCCCUCCCUCCGUUCACGACGAAAUCAAGGUCGCCGACAUGACAAUGCUCAAGGAUCCCAGCAAAAAAUACCGCCGCUUCAAGCCAUUGAAGCUUGAAAACCGACAAUGGCCCUCGAAAGAACUCACCAAAGUCCCGCGGUGGCUUGCUACCGACCUUCGCGAUGGGAACCAAUCCCUGGUUGAUCCCAUGGACGCCGAGCAGAAAUGGAAAUACUUCGAGAUGCUGGUCAAGUUGGGAUACAAGGAAAUCGAAAUCUCAUACCCUUCGUCCGGCGCGACAGACUUUGAUUUCACGAGAAGGUUGGUCACAACGCCUGGCGUGGUGCCUUCGGAUGUAUGGCUCCAAGUGCUCUCGCCGUGCCGAAAGGACUUGAUCAAGAAGACAGUGGAGAGCUUGAAGGGCGCAAAGAAGGCAAUUCUACAUCUUUACCUGGCCACAAGUCCUUGCUUCCAGAGAAUCGUGUUUGGCAUGAACAACGAGCAGAGCAAGGCUCUCGCGGUCGAGUGCACAAAGUAUGCGCGAUCGAUCACGAAAGACGACCCGAACUCUGGUGUGGAGGAAUGGGCAUAUGAGUUUUCUCCAGAGACUUUCUCCGACUCGGACCCUGAGUUUGUGAUUGAGAUCUGUGAGGCUGUCAAGGCUGCCUGGGAGCCCAGCAAGGAGCAACCACUCAUCUUCAAUCUACCCGCAACGGUGGAGAUGAGUACUCCAAACGUCUACGCAGAUCAGAUCGAGUACUUCUGUACACACAUCACCGAGCGCGAGAAGAUCGCGGUCUCUUUACACCCACACAACGACAGAGGAUGUGCUGUUGCAGCAGCAGAGCUGGCACAGAUGGCUGGUGCAGACAGAGUAGAGGGCACUCUCUUUGGCAACGGUGAGCGAACAGGCAACGUCGAUCUGGUGACUCUGGGCUUGAAUCUCUACACGCAAGGCAUCCACCCUGGUAUUGACUUUUCCGACAUCAACAGCAUCAUCGACGUUGUCGAGAAGAGCAACAAAAUUCCGGUGCAUCCACGUGCGCCAUAUGGGGGCUCUCUGGUCGUUUGUGCAUUCUCUGGAUCCCACCAGGACGCAAUCAAAAAGGGUUUCGUCAUCCGCGAGAAGGAAAAUGCUGGCCACGAGGAUCCUUGGACCAUGCCGUACCUUCCUCUCGACCCCAGAGAUAUUGGCAGGACGUAUGAAGCCGUCAUCCGUGUCAACAGCCAAUCUGGGAAGGGUGGAGUCGCUUGGAUCAUCAAACGUACUCUUGAGCUCGAUCUGCCUCGAGGUCUACAAGUGGACUUCUCGAAAAUCGUACAACGCGAAACAGAUGCUCUCGGACGCGAGCUGCUCGCCAACGAGAUCAAGGAUCUCUUUGUGGACGCAUACCAUCUGAACAGAAAUCCUCGCUUCUCCCUCGUCGACUACGACAUCACAACAGACCGCUCCUCAUCACCUGCACCUCCAGCGGCCAACGAAGGCGAGAAGAAGUCGGCGUCAAACAAGAACCUGCGACGACGUUUCAAGGGUGUCAUCGAGAUCGACGGGCAAGAGCACGAAGUUGCAGGAGUCGGCAACGGCGCUCUGUCUGCUCUGGCCAAUGCCCUCAAAAACCUGGGAAUUGAUCUCGAUAUUGCGGACUACAAGGAGCAUGCUGUGCAGCGCAACACCGGCAAGGGCCGUGAUACGCAAGCUGCGACGUACAUAGAAUGUACGAAUGCGGAUGCGCAUCAAAAGGUCUGGGGAGUGGGAAUCCACGAGGAUGUGGUUCAGUCUUCACUCUUUGCUUUGCUUGGUGCGGCAUCUUCUUUCCUGACAAGCAGACCCGGGAGCCCUUUCAAACCCAAGAGGUCGAACACGGGUUUGCUGGACGUGAAAGGCUCGGGUCCUGAUCUUACUGCACAGAACCCGAGCGGUGCGCCCGAAAGCUCUCCUGAUGCGCAACAGAGUGUCCAGGUCAAUGGUGCUCAGGGCUUGAACGGGCAUUAGGCUGCAAAGAUGUGGGUGGAGUCUGGUGAAUGGUAAAAAAAAGCAAGAUCAGGACGUGGUACUGAGCAUGUGGUUGUCGCCAUCUCGUUCAUGUGUCAGAACAUGAAUGCAUAAAAGCAUGCUCGCAGCUGCCGAUAUGACCCAGAUAGAACAACAAGCAAAAGCUAUCAACCAUGUCGUAC